UGUGUGAAGAUUACCCCUUUUGCGACAAACCUACCAUGCGGCUAUGCCUCUAAGUCGUGCCCCGACACGUGGGAGAUAUAGCCGCAUUGUGGGUGUUUCAAUCAGGUUUCAAGCUUAUACGGCCAUAUGGAAGUGUUGGGCUCCGUUGGUGUGCAAGCUUUUCAUGUGGCUGGCGGUGCAAUACAGGCUCUGGGCGGCGGACAGACGGUUUCGGCAUGGUUUACAGGACCAAAGAUCACCAUGUUAUCUUUGCGAGCAAGAGGAAGAAACUGUGGAUCAUAUCACUAUGCAGUGUGUGUUUGUGAGGCAGGUGUGGUACAUGUGCUUCUGCAGAAUGAGAAUCAACCCGGACCUUUGCCCGACACAACAUUCCACAAUCAGCAACUGGUGGAGCACCACGAGGAAGCAUAUCCCGAAGAGGCAGAGGAAGGGUUUUGACUCGGUGGUCACUUCGAUCUGCUAGAACAUAUGGAAGCAACGCAAUGGAAGGGUCUUUGGGAGGACUGACCUAAGGAAUGUCGGUGGAACCGUGGACCUGAUUUGGCAAGAGUUAGAAUUGUGGUCCAGAGCAGGAGCCACCGGAGUAUCUACAUGGUGUGGGUAGUAGGGUAACGUUUCGAUAUACGGAGGGUAUGGUGGAAGCAUCAUUUGAUGCCAUCUACCUACCAUGUAAUCUCUUUUGUGUAUAACUUUUUCUUCUUCUAUAAAGUUACGGUACGCUUUUGGCAUACCUUUGAAAAAACAGAUUAAUAAAGUUCAAGCUGUUUUUUUAAAAAAAAAGUACUAAGAAGCCACAGCGCACGUCUUGUUGCUAGAGAAGAAACGCCACACAAAACCCCCAGUACCCAGGGCAGCGGCCCGGUCGGUACGAACGCGGAACGCCGGCGGCGGCAUGGCGGCGGCGGCGCCUGCGCCCAACGCCAGCGGAAUCAGGCCUGUGAAAUGCGACGCCUUCAAGAGCUGGCUGCAGGAGUACGCGCAGAAACUCGGCGUCGCGGCUCCGGAGUAUCACACCCUCAAGGAGGGGCCCUGCCACGAGCCCAUCUUCAAGUCCGCUGUCUUGAUCGACGGCGCCAAGUUCGACUCGCUGCCCGGAUUUUUCACCCGGAAGGCCGCAGAGCAGUCGGCUGCUGAAGUCGCCCUCAUGGAAAUUGUCGAGUCCAUCCCAACCAUUGGGAGAAUCCCAGCAGCUCUAGAAACUGGCCUCUGCAAGAAUCUUCUUCAGGAGUAUGCUCAGAAGAUGAAUUACAUUCCAUCUUAUAGCUUGACCAGACAAGCUUCAGGGAUAGCUCCUUUUACAUGCACCGUAGAGAUUGGUGGUAUACAAUACAUUGGUCCUGCAGCCAGGUCAAAGAAAGAGGCAGAGAUAAAAGGAGCCCGAACUGCUCUUCUUGCAACACAAGGUCAACUAGAGGGUCGCGGAAGUGGUGCCACAAAGCAUAUUGUAGUUCCUGGCAAAAGGCAAGUUAAGGAGACCGCGAAAAAGCCAAUUGAAAUCCCAAAACCACUUGAGGUGAAGAAAGGCGGUUUCAAGAAGAAAUGGAACAAGAGGAAGUUCAUGAAAAGGAAUCGCCAAGCAGUUGAUGUGGAAAAGAAUGAAGGAAAAAUGGCUGGAGAUGUCAUUAACCCAGUGUCCGGAUGCAUCCAACAAUCAACACAGGAGCCAUCCAGCGACACCGUAAUGCUGAAAGAUGAUGAGGAACCUAGUAAGGAAGCUAGAAGAGUAGUACAGGAGCCAGGCAGCGACGCUGUAAUGCUGCAACCUAGUAAGGAAGCUAGAAGAGCAGAACAGGAGUCAGGCAUUGCAGUGCUGAAACCUGAUGAGUUAGAUAGAAGAGUAGAACAUGUGCAAGGCAGUGACAUUGUGAUGCUGCCACCUGAUCACGAAACUAGAAGAGUAAAACAUGUGCCGGGCAGUGACACUGCAAUGCUGCAACGUACUAACAAAGCUAGAAGCGUAGAACAGGAGCCGCCCAGAGAUUCUGGAAUGGCGCGAUCUAAUAAGGAAGCUGGAUGCAUAAACCAGGAGCUACUCGGUGAGACUGCAACGCCUCACAAUGUCAGGAAAGCUAGAACCAUGAAGCAUGAUUCACAGCACCAGUGCAGCCUAAUGUAGAUGCUGCAGACCUGAAGGUGGACCCACCGAGUAAUGGUGCAAACAAACCAGGACCUUGAGACAUGAUCAUUUUGUGGAUAUGGCAGGAAUGGGUUGAGAUCAUAUUCAUCCAACUCUUCGACCACAGAACGAAUGGUAGUGUGGUAGGGGUAGCCUUGGAAUGUUUAUUAAUGUGUUGAUCUUGAAAGAAGUGGAACCUGAAUAUGCAUAGGUGGCUGUGCAGCUAGUGUGGAGCGAUGCAAUUUGCAAAUAUGUGUAGUGAGGAUUGUUAGUCCUGCCAGCUAGUUUUUUCUUUUUUUCUUUUUGGCCUAGAAUUUUUAAGAGAUUACUAAGAAAAGAAACUGAGGUUUG